AUGUCUGAUCGUUAUUUUCCAAAUAGUUCUUCUGAUUAUCGAAAUGAAACUUACCUCACUCCCGAUAACCACUUGAUACCUGAAGUCGGGUCGAAUAUCAUUCGUUGGAUUGAACAACAAACGGAUAGACUUGAACGACAUCUUCAUCAAACUGAUCCAACUAACUUCUCGGUUUACACUGGGAGUACAGGCAUCGCUCUACUUUAUUUACGACUUUCAAUACUAUUUUCAAAUAAAAGGGAUGCAUAUAAAUCCAAAGCAAAAGCAUUAAUUGAUUCAUCAUUGGCACAACUAUCUGGCAAACGAAUCUCAUUCCUCUCGGGUGAUCCAGGACCACUGGCCAUUGCAGCUGUGAUCUAUCGUGAUUUAGGUGAUGAUAGAAUGGUGAGGAAAUGCAUCCAUAAACUUGUGUCAAUCAAAGAAGAUGCAUUAAGUGGCUCGAAGCCAGAUGAAUAUCUGAAUGGACGCGCUGGUUAUCUCUACGCACUGAUGUUUGUUAGGAACGAACUAGGAAAUGAUACGAUUGACAAACAAUUAGUAAUUGAUAUAUUCGAAGCGAUGAUAAAGUCUGGUGAAAAGUAUGCAAGAGAAUCAGGUUCACGCUCGCCAUUAAUGUAUCAAUGGCAUGGCAGUGAAUAUUUGGGAGCAGCACAUGGUGUUUCAGGAAUUAUUUAUCUAUUACUCAAAGUAGCCUGUGAUGAUUCAUUUUCCAACCUUCGACUGUACGUCAAUUCACAUUUGUUGCCAACCAUUGAAUUCCUUAAAACCAAACGAUUACCGAGUGGGAACUAUCUGUCCUCAAGUGGUAGUCAAUCCGAUAAACUCAUUCAGUGGUGCCAUGGCGCACCGGGUUUCGUCUAUCUAUUCAAUCGCGCUUAUGAAAUAACAAAUAAUCAGUCGUAUCUAGAGUUAGCCGUAUCGGCUGGCGAAGUCGUAUGGGAGCGAGGAUUGUUGCGGAAAGGUUAUGGUCUUUGUCACGGCACAGCUGGGAAUGGAUACGUCUUUCUCGAUCUAUUUCGAACAACAAAACAGAGUAAAUGGUUGCAUAGAGCAAUUAAGUUUGCUGAGCACUGUAUGGAUAGUGAUAAACAUGAGCUAUCACGAACACCUGAUCGUCCCUAUUCCUUAUUUGAAGGUCUUGCUGGCACAAUCUACUUUAUGUCUGAUGUUAUGAAACCUGCUCAAGCUCGCUUUCCUGCAUUUGAAUGA